AUGUCGACACCGAUCCACUCAUUCCACGGUCGGAACCCACCACCGUUCCGCCCGCGAGUCUUUCUUAGACCCGGAGUUCCGUCUCUUCCAUCGAUCAACCCCACAUACCCGGGGCCGCAGCGAUGCACCAUGUGUCUUGACCCCAAUUGCGAGGCUCGAACUGGGCUGCUUUCCAUGUGGAACGCGCAGCAGUACCUGUCGAAUGCACAAAAAGAGCUGGUUUCCAUACAUCAUGAGCGUUGCCGUGUAAAUGAAGAACACUGGGACAUUUUCCGUCUGCCCAUUGUGCUUCCCGCUCACGAUGUCAGCGGAGAGUGUCGAAGCAGAUAUUAUCGUGCUCUGGGUCUGGCGACUCGGAUGCACCAUCUCGAACAGCGCGAGCGUGUGUUGCGAGAGGGCUGCCGGAAGGCCCAUCAAGCUUUGCUGACUCAGUUGGCCAGGUUCGGGGGAAUCAAUGAAAUCUCAGCCAUCGCAACCGAAUCGCAGAUGGGACCACAAGGGCAGCCCCGAAAGCGCCGCAGAACAAACGAAGCGUAA